AUGUCUGACUACUACUGGCAACCCUCCAAAGCUAUGGAUACUCAAAUGGACUACAUCACCCAGGUCUGGUACACAUUACAUCCAGUGCCUGCCAACAGGGCAAUUAUGGAAAUCAAACAAAGAAACCUGAAUGAUGAUGAAAUCACUACAUCGCAUCGGGCAUUUAUCCCUGUAUUCUAUGGUACUCAUGUCACUCUCUUCCUGUGGAGGUACUACCUCCUCAUUGAGCUGUUCUUACAAUUCAAGGAGAACAAUGACAACAAAUACACAGAAUUUCUACCGACUCUGAUCAGCAACAUUGUCCAUCUGGACAAUGUAAUAGAAUCACUCAUCCGCCCCUGCCUGAAUGUCCCCCUGGCAGAGCUACCUGAUUAUCAUUCCAAAAACUUCAAUGAAGACUUGGUGACAGAGUACCUGAUUGGCCAGCACAAUCCCCAGUCUGUCAACUACUUCCAAGCUCAUUGCCCAACCAAUAUAGAGCGCAUUUCAAUGGAAGGAUUUGACUGGAAGGCAUAUUCUGAUCAUAUCCCUGAACUGAUGGAUGGGGCCAAUUACAACUGGGAUAUUGAACAGCUGCCCUAUGAUGACUACAAAGAAGUAUGGGAUGCAGUAGAGGAAUGGUAUGGGCGGAACCCCAAUCCACAGUGGAUAUCUAGGUGGGUGAAGUGGGAGGAUGACAGCAUGGAGGAGGGGGGCAAGGAGCAACAUUCCCUCCCUUCCACAGCCCAGGCAAGUUGUUUUAUGUCUCUCCUAUGCAUUUCAGUGGCUUGA